AUAUUCAGUAUUUUACCUGAAUUCCUUCAUUUGGAGUGUGAAAUUCUUUUGAGAUUGUAAAGGUAUUUAAAAGGACUAUUGUUAUUUAAAUUUAUGAUUACGCAUUUAAUUACCUCUAGCAAGUAGCCUAAGUGUCCAAUUUAUGUAGAGGCAAUUUAAAAUAGGCUACGGCUGGUAAAAUGUAUUAACGUAUAUUUUAUUAAGGUAUAGAUCACGUGUUGAUUAUUACGCAUGCACAAACAAAUAUUACCUUGCUCCAAAGAGAUGCCUAUUAUAUCCGAUCGCUGAGAUUUUUUUUAGAUAGCAUGACUUGUUUAGAUUACAUUUUAUUAGGUUACAUUUGAGUUGAUUAGGAUUGAUUUUAUUUAUUGUUCUUGCAUUAUAUACAUACUUUUCAUUGCUAAUGGGCUAUAUAAUGCAUUUAUACGGCGCUGUGAUAAGAUAGCCAUUAAUAAGAUCAGAUCUAUAACUUGACGUGUCCCAGUCUGAUGGUAGAUCGCUCUUCAUUACCAGAUGUUCAACUAACUGUGCACAUAGCUUAAUUAGUUCAACAGCGCUUUUGAUCUCAAACCGGAUUUUAUAGACAUCGCACCUGUUGAGUUUUCAUGGGUAAUUUAACAUCUGGGCUAGCCUACUUCUCUGCACUGAUGUUUUUUAUUUUUAUCUAACAAGUUUAUUUGCAGUUUUCCAAUUGAUUAUUAGGCUACUCAUUUGUAUAUUAACGAAUAAUCUUAAUAUAUAUUAUUUGUAUGAUAUUUUUCAACAAUUUAUAAUGCAGGAAUUAUUCAUGAAAAUCAAUUUGUUUGUCCUAUCUUUUAUCCCCUAGCCUUUUUUCUUCCUAUCUCUCACAUAUUCAGCUGCAGUUGCAACAUGGAGAACCAGUCCUAUGUGGUCAAAAUGAAUGGGAAUGGUAUCCAUGAGAAGAAUGCUCUCAAUGGUAUCAAUGGAAAAAGUCUUAAUGGGAAUGGUAUCCAUCAUAAGGGUGUGAAAGGCAUUGUUUAUCCAGCCAAGCAGAAGAGCUGCAGGCAGCAAUGGAACAUCCGGCCCUCAGAGAUGUCAGUCAACACCUUGAAUCCCAUCCGUGCCAUUGUGGAUGGGAUGAAGCUCACACCCAACCCCGAGAAGCCCAUGAUUGCUCUGUCCAUUGGUGAGAUGCUACAUCACUAUCUCAUUUGCAUAUGCUCAGUGUGUUCAUCUGUGAAGUGCAGUUGUUCAGAAUUAUGUUUCUUAUGUACUCCUUUGUCCUCCUGUCAUUCCAUCAGGGGACCCUACUGUGUUCGGGAACCUGCCUACUGAUGACAAAGUUCUCCAGGCCAUGAAGGACGCCAUUGACUCACACAAAUACAACGGCUAUGCUCCGUCUGUUGGUAAGACUCACGCAAUCACUUUCUUACAGCACCAACAUUUCAAAAAGCUUGUGAAGUGCAAAAAAACUAGGGAUGAAGUGAUUUUUUUUGUAUUUUAUUUAAAUGGGAAUUGGGAGGAUAUGAGAUGAGGCACAGCUAUAGGGGAGUUGGGUGGCUUGCAAGGGGAAGAGAGGUUAGAGGUUAAAGUCAUUUCAGUCAGGGAAGUUGAGAGAUCUAUGUAAAAUAAGGCCAAUUAACCCCUCUAUGAUUAAUGAUGAUUGUAGCUCUAAGGACGUAUGCAGGCAAAAUCUCCCUUUCUACCAGCAGACUACUGAGUACAGUAUACAGUAUAAAAUAUAAGAUGUUGUCUUCUACUCAUCAACAGGUUAUCAGAAGAGCAGAGAGGUGGUGGCAAACUUCUACAGUUGCCCCGAGGCCCCCUUGGAGGCAGAGGUGUGUUUAUCUGACUCAUCGUUUACCUGCUUUAACUCGUUCAAACUCUAUUUUUUUCUUCACCAUAUAUUCACCUGUCUCCCUACUGUAAAUGUUUUCCAAAACUAGAGGACAUAUAGACAUCAAAAAUACAGUGAGGGAAAAAAGUAUUUGAUCCCCUGCUGAUUUUGUACGUUUGCCCACUGACAAAGAAAUGAUCAGUCUAUAAUUUUAAUGGUAGGUUUAUUUGAACAGUGAGAGACAGAAUAACAACAAAAAAAUCCAGAAAAACGCAUGUCAAAAAUGUUAUAAAUUGAUUUGCAUUUUAAUGAGGAAAAUAAGUAUUUGACCUCCUCUCAAUCAGAAAGAUUUCUGGCUCCCAGGUGUCUUUUAUACAGGUAACGAGCUGAGAUUAGGAGCACACUCUUAAAGGGAGUGCUCCUAAUCUCAGUUUGUUACCUGUAUAAAAGACACCUGUCCACAGAAGCAAUCAAUCAAUCAGAUUCCAAACUCUCCACCAUGGCCAAGGAUGUCAGGGACAAGGCUGGAAUGGGCUACAAGACCAUCGCCAAGCAGCUUGGUGAGAAGGUGACAACAGUUGGUGCGAUUAUUCGCAAAUAGAAGAAACACAAAAUAACUGUCAAUCUCCCUCGGCCUGGGGCUCCAUGCAAGAUCUCACCUCGUGUAGUUGCAAUGAUCAUGAGAACGGUGAGGAAUCAGCCCAGAACUAUACGGGAGGAUCUUGUCAAUGAUCUCAAGGCAGCUGGGACCAUAGUCACCAAGAAAACAAUUGGUAACACACUACGCCGUGAAGGACUGAAAUCCUGCAGCGCCCGCAAGGUCCCCCUGCUCAAGAAAGCACAUAUACAGGCCCGUCUGAAGUUUGCCAAUGAACAUCUGAAUGAUUCAGAGGAGAACUGGGUGAAAGUGUUGUGGUCAGAUGAGACCAAAAUCGAGCUCUUUGGCAUCAACUCAACUCGCCGUGUUUGGAGGAGGAGGAAUGCUGCCUAUGACCCCAAGAACACCAUCCCCACCGUCAAACAUGGAGGUGGAAACAUUAUGCUUUGGGGGUGUUUUUCUGCUAAGGGGACAGGACAACUUCACCGCAUCAAAGGGACAAUGGACGGGGCCAUGUACCGUCAAAUCUUGGGUGAGAACCUCCUUCCCUCAGCCAGGGCAUUGAAAAUGGGUCGUGGAUGGGUAUUCCAGCAUGACAAUGACCCAAAACACAUGGCCAAGGCAACAAAGGAGUGGCUCAAGAAGAAGCACAUUAAGGUCCUGGAGUGGCCUAGCCAGUCUCCAGACCUUAAUCCCAUAGAAAAUCUGUGGAGGGAGCUAAAGGUUCGAGUUGCCAAACGUCAGCCUCAAAAUCUUAAUGAGUUGGAGAAGAUCUGCAAAGAGGAGUGGGACAAAAUCCCUCCUGAGAUGUGUGCAAACCUGGUGGCCAACUACAAGAAACGUCUGACCUCUGUGAUUGCCAACAAGGGUUUUGCCACCAAGUACUAAGUCAUGUUUAGCAGAGGGGUGAAAUACUUAUUUCUCUCAUUAAAAUGCUAAUCAAUUUAUAACAUUUUUGACAUGGGUUUUUCUGAAUUUUUUGUUGUUAUUCUGUCUCUCACUGUUCAAAUAAACCUACCAUUAAAAUUAUAGACUGAUCAUUUCUUUGUCAGUGGGCAAACGUACAAAAUCAGCAGGGGAUCAAAUACUUUUUUCCCUCACUGUAUAUAUUGUUAUCUUCCUCUCUCUUCCAUGCAGGAUGUGCUUCUGACCAGUGGCUGCAGCCAGGCUAUAGAUCUGGCCAUCACAGUGCUUUGUAACCCUGGAGACAACAUCCUAGUCCCCUGCCCUGGAUUCUCUCUCUACAAGACUCUGGCUGUGUCUCUGGGCAUCCAGGUCAAACUGUACAACCUGCUGGUGAGUGUUGGACACGGGGGAGGAGCAAAAUAGUGGGAAAAUAAAUCAAAGAGAAAAGCUGGAUGAUAUAUCAUUUUUGUGAAGAGAGAGGGAGGGAGAGAGAGGGAGGGAGAGGGAGGAAGAGAGCAAGAGAGAGUGAGGGAGGGGGAAAAAAGAGAUUGUUGAAAGGGAAAGAGCGGGUGAAAUGCUGAGUUCUUCCUCAUUGACGCACAUCUGGCACUUAUAAAUCAUUUUGGAUGGCUUGCUUUCCUCUAGGCUUACACACACACACACACACACACACACACACACACACACACACACACACACACACACACACACACACACACACACACACACACACACACACACACACACACACACACACACACAACAUACAAAUACAGAUAAAUACUUGGAGCUACAGAUAAAUACUUAGAGCUACAUAACAUUUUUAGUUGAAUUACAUCCAUAAAAAACAUGAGGUCACUCAGGGACACAGUGGAAUGUCGUGACUCAUGAGGUCAUGAUGUGUACAUGACAACUUCACACAAUGUUAAGAGCUGCUAUUGACUCACCUAUACAAUCCACUUAUACAUUCUUAGAACUCUUACAGAGCUUCCUCCUAAUGUCAGGACAGCUGAGUUCCUGCCCAUUAUCUGAAAACAUCUGAAAACCUAUAUCUUCACAAAGUAUCUUGACUGAAUUCGGAUCUUUUUUCCACUAAUUGGUCUUUUGACCAAUCACAUCAGAUCUUUUCACAUCAGAUCUUUUUCAGAGCUGAUCUGAUUGGUCAAAAGACCAAUUAGUGGAAAACAUAUCAGAAUUGGACUGCCUGUAUAAACGCAGCCUAUGAGAUCAAAUGUCAGUUAAGACAGUUAGGGCGGUGCAGAAACCUCUCUGUUUUCCAGUGUGUGUGUAGUGCAUGUACAGUAGCCUUAUGCCUGCUCUCUGACUCAUGGUGGCUUUGUCUGUCCUUGCAGCCAGAGAAAUCUUGGGAGAUCGAUUUCCAGCACAUGGAAAGCCUGAUAGAUAAGAGGACAACCUGCCUGAUUGUCAACAAUCCCUCCAACCCUUGUGGCUCCGUCUACAGUAAAGAGCACCUACAGAACGUCCUUUCUGGUUAGCCCUGUUCCUUCACCCCCCUGGCCACAGUAUUCCCUCUCACUAUAGCACAAUAUAAGCAUUUGGUUCCUAUAAUUAAUCCAGUUAUAAUUGUAAUAUUUUUGAAUGUGUCUAUUCUCUUGUCUAGUUGCCUCCAAACAUUGCAUCCCAAUCCUGGCUGAUGAGAUCUAUGGUGACAUGGUGAGUUCAUAUACACACAGAAGCACUCUCAGAAACAAACACCCACACAGACAGACACUCAUACAGACUAAUACAGAAACUGGCAUUGAGUCUGUUGCAUAAUAGGAGACUAAGGAGAGGAAUCUAUAUUGGAUUGUCUUCUGGCAUUGAGGAGAUGUUGAGUUCUUUCUAGGGUCUAACGCAGGCUGGAUUGGUCUAUGGAGGUGUGCAAUACAGUAGUAGACAGGUCAUGCGUCCAGGAGGGGGCUGCUGGUUCUGGGGUAUAGCCUACAUCCUGGCCACUGGGCCCCCAUGUAAUACAUAAUGCCAGCGAGGCACAUUCUUUAACAUUCUGUAGCAGUUACAGGGAGGUUUCUCUGGUAUCCGAGGAGACCUGUCUGACAAGUCCACAUCAGCACUGGGGUGAUUAGGGGUGUUACAGGCUGUAUGGGUGGCUGGCAGUGGUGGGGCAGCAGUGCUGGGGUUAGGUCAGCCAGGGCAAGUGAAGGAUGAGCCACAGAGGUAAAACUGUAGACAAGAGGCGCUCCUCUCCUCUGUAAUUUCUGAGAGCUGUGUUGAGAAUUUAUUUUGGAUAGUUUAAAGGGGAAAUUUGGAGUUGCUACAUCCAUUUAUGGACUUAUAAAUGAAUUAUAUACUGUAUACUCAUUGAUUCUUGAAGAAUAUAACUUAUAAAUGCCUCAUGAGCUUAGCUCAACUGUCGUAGCCCAUCAGAACCCAAAAUAUAAGCUUGUUUUACUCCAAUGUUUGUAAACAUUGUAAAUGUAAUGAAACACUGUAUAGCCUCCAAAUAUGUUUAAAACUAUAAUUUUGUUAUCUUGGAUGGUCAUUCCUUGGAUCAAUAGCUCUGUCUAUGAAUAUAAAGGAGCAAUAUGCAGAAAUGUCCUGGUUGCUAAAAUUCUAAUAAUUCGCCUAAUUUCAGUUUAUGUGACAAAACAAGCAAGUGUAGACAAUCAUUGUACCAUCUAAGCCACUGUGAAAUAUAUUUUUAAAUAACCAACAUUUUGUAUUUUCACCUGUGUACAAAACCGAAAGUAAAAGAUGCAAAAAGAAAAACGUAAGAACGGGAAGUAUAGAAGUAACGCACAUAGAACAGAUCUACUGCUUCUUAGACUUACUUUCAAUGAGGAUGACAGAUCUAUAACUCACAUUUAUAUGUGAAUUUGGUCUGGUCGCCCCAAAAUGUUACAUAUUGCAGCUUUAAGUGUGGUAACAUUUUAGGUGGGGUGACAGCUUUGUUAUUGUUUCAACUGCUGAUUGCCCCUUUAAUGUAUUAGAAUUUGUUUUUAUCAUUGUUAGGUGUUAAACAUCUUAUAUUUAGCUAUUUGGAUUAUCUAAAGUGUUUUUAAGGUGUGUUUAAUUGGAGAACAGAUAUUUUGCAGUAAUUCAUGUAUUGAUGAGAUUGACAAGAAAGCAGUGUUUUUUAUUAUUAGUCCCUGUGAGAAUAGAGAGAGGUAGUUGGGGUGAUUGGGAGUGCAUUAUUUUAGAGGAGGUGAUUGGGGUCGUUGAGUGCAUAAAUCACAUGGGCUCAGAAUUCACCAAUGUCUUGCUCAGUACAAAAAACUAAACAAAAAUAUGUUGUAUUGUCACAUACAGCGGAUAUGGGCAGUGAAAAGUGUUGUUUUUACAGGGUCAGCCAUAGUAGUACAGAGCCCCUGGAGCAAAUUAGGGUUAAGUGUCUUGCUCAAGGGCACAUCAACAGAUUUUUCACAAUGUCGGCUCGAAACAAGGCCCUUUCGGUUACUAGCCCAACGCCCUAACCACUAGAACAGAAGUACUCAGAAUGACUGUGCACUUUUUUGCUGCAUGUGUUUGCGAUUAAUGCAGAUGUGAGGGUAGUAUAGUGCGAGAGCUGGGGGGAAGAAGUGGGUGGGGGUGGGAGGGCCUCUUUUUAAACAACAGGGUGCCUGUUUAGGGGCUGUGUGGAGGGGAGCCUGUUUAGGGGCUGCGUGGAGGGGUGCCUGUUUAGGGGAUGUGUGGAGGGGUGCUUGUUUAGGGGCUGUGUGGAGGGGUGCCUGUUUAGGGGCUGUGUGGAGGGGUGCCUGUUUAGGGGCUGUGUGGAGGGGUGCCUGUUUAGGGGCUGCGUGGAGGGGUGCCUGUUUAGGGGCUGUGUGGAGGGGUGCCUGUUUAAGGGCUGUGUGGAGGGGUGCCUGUUUAGGGGCUGCGUGGAGGCAUUAUGUAUCUGGGCACCAUUAGCUCCAACUCACGGUUAGAGGGGAAUGUUUGUCAAGCACCAGGUUCUUUCCCUAUGGGCUCUUCUCUGUGAAAAAAGAAAACACUGCUCACGAGAGCUUAGAGCGGAGCCAUAAAUGCUCUGUUUGUAAAUUAGAUCUGAGGUGAGGUUUGAGAUGUUUUUUUUUUUUCUGAACUGUCAGUCACUGUGCUCUGACCAAUAGCAUGCGGGGCGGAUCUCCCACCCGACAUCAAGGCCUCAGCUCUAAUGAAAGCCAGCUUGCUACAGUUACCACACCACCACUCUCUUUUUCUCUCUGCUCUUUCUCUCUCUCUGUCUUUUUGUCCUAGACGAGCAGUGCAUAAAAAUGUAUUUGCAUGACAUAAAGUUAUGAAAUCCCUCACAAACUUUGUUAUGGUCAAAUUAGUUUAACUAUUGAUAUACAUUUGUGCAUGUUGUUGUCUUUGAUAGUGUUGUUUGUAUUGAUUGAUUAAGUUUAACUGCUUUAUUUUUCAAUGGGUGAAGAAAGACCAUAUUUGCACUGAUGUGUAGUCAGAGUUGGGUACAUCUGGAGUUAUCGAACUUCUUUAAAAAAUUGUCAUUGGAUUACAGUUACAUACUUAAAAACAGCGGAAUACAUUUGGAAUUACUUGAUCUAAAAUCACGAUGUGGGCUGCAAGUGUUUGCCUCAAACACACUGAAAUGGCAGAUUUAUUAACAUAAUUGAAAGCUGUGCUGAUCCACACAGUUCAGAAGUUACCUUUAGGUGGGAAUGGAAGCUCUGUUGUAUUUAUUUGAAAUCUCCAAAACUUCAGAAUUUGCUCUCCUUGGUUGCUUUCCACAGAAAUGUAUUUUAACCAAAAAAGUCAGAUCUCCACUUUCACUGGGAACUGAAACAUCAGGGUCUUUGUGUCAAAAGGACAUCUUUGGUUAGUCAACAUUCUCCACCCUGUUCACUGCUCAAGCACUUAGAUGGCAUAUAAUCAUAUUUCUCUUGCAUCCGUUGCAUCUGUCUAUUGCCGUCUUUAUCGUACCAGACAGUUACCUUAAGGGUGGGUCAGACAUUUAAAUGAGCAUUUCCUUUUUUACUGACCACAUACUGCUUGGUGGCUGGGUGUAUUUUUCAAGUAAUUCACCCAACCCUGAGUGUAAUGCUCUGUAUUGUGAAUACUGUAUUGUCAAUAUAUUAAAAAAUUUCCCCUUUAGUGUAAACUAACCCUGAUUAUUUGACAUUGUCUUCUACAGUAUGUUUUGCAUUGAUGUGAGUAUUUACUGUAUCUCAAUGAUCAGGUGUUUCCGGGUUGCACGUACCAAUCUAUGGCGUCCAUCAGCAGUGAUGUGCCCAUCCUAGCGUGUGGCGGUCUGGCCAAGCGAUGGCUAGUCCCUGGCUGGAGGCUGGGUUGGAUCCUCAUCCAUGACAGGAAUCAAAUCUUCGGAAAAGAGGUAAGUCCUUCCUCACUACGCCCAUACAGUAUGUGAAGUCCAGUUGAUCGAUACACAUACACUACACCAAUACACAUACGGUAGAAUGAAUCUGUGUCCUCUGAGGUUCUGAAUGACUUCUAAUGUAUAUAAUCUGUCUCUCUUCUGCUUUCAGAUUCGUCAGGGUCUGGUUAAGCUUAGCCAAAGGAUUCUGGGUGCCUGCACAAUUGUCCAGGGUGCGAUAGAGAGCAUCCUGAACGACACGCCCCAGGAGUUUUACCACAGAACCAUCAGUUUCCUCAAGGUGAGACCCACUCCCUUGAACCUUCCCCAAUUACUUUAUAUGCAGAUGGUAGUAGUCUAACAUAUUGAUUUAUCUGUCUGUCUGACUGUCCGACUGACUGUCUAUUGACUUGCUUCUUUCUCAGUCAAACUCUGAGAUCUGUUUCUCUGAACUGUCCACUGUUCCUGGGCUGACCCCCGUAAUGCCAUCAGGAGCCAUGUACCUCAUGGUGAGUCUUUUGUGUCCAGAGCUUAGGUGUGGAGUCUGUAGGUGGGGAGAUAACAGAACAGACCAGGAUCCCCGUAAGGAAAAUAACGUAUUUUCCAGACAUUAACGUUAGGUGCAUUUUAGGUGCUGAAUGACAGGUAAAAGUAUGUAUUUUCCGGAUGUUGAAAAUACAUGUUUUCCAGACAUUGAAAAUACGACUUAUCCUGAUGUUGAAAUCAGACGUUAAAAUCAGGUGCAUUUUAGGUGCUGAAUGAAAGGCGAAAAGACUGCUUUUCUGGACGUUGAAAAUACGUAAUUUACAGACGUUGAAAAUACAUAUUUUUCGUUCAUUGAUUCUAUAGCCAAAUUUCAACUGCACAUACUGUACAUUCUCAAUGACGUAAGCAUUAGAUGACAAUAAUCUUAUUUGUUAUAUGUUAUUAUUGCUCCCAUUAUUGCUCCCAUUUUCAAAAGCUUUAAAACUUGAAGCAAUGAUGUUCAAAUUAGUCCAAUUUACAUAAUAAACCAACAGACCACUUCAAUAACUACAAUAACAUUCUCAGUAACGGUUACCGAUUUUUUAUUUUCUUACUAUGAUAUGUUGUUGUUUAUCUAUCUUAGUUGAAUGCACUGACUGUAAGUCACUCUGGAUAAGAGCAUCUGCUGAAUGACCAAAAUGUAAAUGUAAAAACAAACACUUGCAAAGCAUGCUGGGUAUUAUUCAUGGGCCAAAUCUAGGCCGGUCUGGACCGGACCAAAUCUGAACCAAUUAUAGACAUCUAUGUUUGGUCCAAAUAUAGGCCGGUCUAGACAGGUUGUCUGUGGACGUUGAUAUCAAGAUGGCCGUCGGUAAAUGCUUAGUAGGAUAGUUAAUGUGUGUCUUGGUAUUUGUAGGCGGGAAUUGAGAUGGAACACUUCCCAGAGUUCCAGAACGAUGUGCAGUUCACUGAGCGUCUGGUAACUGAGCAGUCCGUCUUCUGCCUGCCUGCUACGGUAAAACACCACACACACACACCUACCUACCUGUUUAUUUAUCGACGGGUUGGCUGACAACGUAUCGAAAAUGAUGCGUGCGCAUUGAUGUGAGUGGAAGCCGUGCUUUGUUAUGAUUCUGAACGGUCAGAUAGCUAGCAACACCCGUACAAAAAAAGAUUGCAGUUUUGAAACUGCAGUAAAAGUGCAGUAACUGCAGUCGACUGUGAUAUUUUAAACGCAGUAAUUCCAGAAUAACUGCAGUGUACUGCAGUUAUACUGCAGUGUACUGCAGUUAUACUGCACUGUAACUGCAGUUACACUGCAAAAUUACUGCAGUAAAAAAAUUGUGGUAUUUUGGACGUAGUAUUUGAAACAUACUGCAGUUAUACUGCACUCUAACUGCAAUCUUUUUUUGUAAGGUCAAUGACAAGAAGCUGCCAUCUGGGGAAUCGUAGGUGGCUCGUUUCAGCUAGUUUUAUCUUGUUCUUGUUUUAAGGUGUUUUGACUGAUUUCAUGUCAAUGUUAAUGUGGCAAAAAUUCACUAGCCAUCUAACCAAUAACUGUAACAAUGUAUUUGAGAGACAACAAGUGCUCAUUGUGCAAAUAUAUUGAUGUUUUCAAUAAACAUUUGGAGACUAAUUAUAGUUUACAUAUUGCUAUCUAUCCAUCCAUCCAUCUAAUGGUCUCAUCCAUCCUCUCUGUCUACCAUGUGUAGAGAAAUGACCUUGUUUUGUCGUUUACAACUCUCUUCCCCCUGCAGGCAUUUGAGUACCCAAAUUACUUCCGGAUCGUGGUGACCGUACCAGAGGAGAUGAUGGUGGAGGCAUGUGCACGGAUUCGGGAGUUCUGCCAGCGGCACUACAGAACCUGCAGCCAAGACCGCAACGAGCUAGACCAAUAAUGAGAGACACAGCCUGAGAGAGGGGGAGACCAGAGAGUAUUGGCACAGAAGGUGACAAAAGUAAAUGUGAAAAAAAGAGAAGGGGAAGAGGGUGAGAGGAAAAGAAGAGAAAUGAAGGAAGAGGAGGAGUGAGAAGAUGGGUCAAAAUAUCAUGUUGCACUGCGGGAACAAAGGUUUUAGCAAUGUCAUUGGUAGUGGUCCAUCUUUGGUACCCCAACUUAUUAACAGACGUGAUAUUUAUAUUUUGUAUGGCCAUCUUAUGUUAACCUUACUUUGUCUAACUAUUUGAAUUCUUAAUGUUAUUCUAUAUAUUGGGUUGACCAGAACACCGUUGGGCGUAUAGAACCAGGGACUGGGGGUUUACCCCCCUCCUCCCCUUUGUUCAAACCAUGAUGGGAUUCAUGGUUGGGUUGAUCCCACCAAGGAAACAGAUGGAACUGAAGCACCAGCAUGGAUCAGAUUAUCUACAGUGCUUUCCAUAGUCAGCAUUACAUACUCUUUAUUUCAUGUGUUAGAAUUAUGAUGACACUCAGUACAAUCUGAUAUAUUGCAUGCUUAACCAAAACUUUUCCUAUGUAUAUUAUCUAUUUGUUAUCUUGAUGUAAUAUUGAAUGUUUUUUGUUUGUUUUUCACUUUCAUAUAAAAAAGCUAUUUUAAACCAAAUUAAAGCUAUGAAAUACUUGUUUGUUUGUUGUGACCCAUUAGCGCAC